UCUACGUUUCAAUGAAGGGAGCUGCUCCAUUAGGAUCUUCUCUCAUAUUUGAAUUUGUCAGGUCGUCCAUUUGAUUUUGAAAGAGGAACUCUUCGUGUGCGUGCUAAGGUUAGGGUUGGGAGAGAAUGCGAGAAAGAAAAAAAAGGAAGAACUUCGUGACUGCCACUUAACCGGAAGCUGGACCUGAUCGGAAAAGUUCGAACCAGCGAAGUCAAAGUAGAUGAUCGGUGUGGAGCGCGGAAGGCUUUUACCAUGGUCUCCGUCCACCGCAAUGCUGCUAUCAACGACCUCGCCCUACAUUCGUCCAAUCAACGCGCCAUCACCGUUGCCCGUGACAACUGCCUUGCCGUCGUCAAUUUCGUCCGCGGCCGCUGCAACUGAUGCUUGCGCCUCAACAAGGAACUUACUCUGGUCAAGUUCAAUGCGCCCAGUGACCACUUUUUUAUGGUCGCCAAGGAGAAGGUUUUUGUUCACCAGACUGAGGAUGCACGCAUAUUGUUCGAAUUGGAAUGCUCCAAGCCCGUUCUAUGUGCUGCUCUUGCUAGGUGGGAAGAUUUUACACAUAGAUUUUGGAGACUAUUUUGAAGCAUCAAUGAACCGUGAGAAGUUCCCGGAGAAGAAGAGCAAAUGCUAUAGAGCAAGACCAUGCCUAUGAUAAGAAAAUUUUUCCUAGCGUGGUCAACGAGGUGAUGAAAGACAUUGUCUCUCAGGAAUUUGUCACCAUCGUCAACGAGGUGCUCCCGGACGUUAUCUCUGAAGUCAAAGCAGAGGAAUUUCUCACCGAUUAUUCUCGGGUCUGCCGAAGAUUUUAACAUCGCUAUCGAUGACGUCGCCUUCUUAAAGGUGGUUCUCACUAGGGAUAGAGCAUAAGCAGGUGAGUCUGGUGUGUCCGUUACCAUUAUCAAACCUUAACACAACACUUAUGUCUCAAUAAUGUGGUCAAUAAUGUGGUGGCAACACAUGGCUGAUCAUUUUGUUUUGUUUCCUUGUUGGAAUUAGUUUUCUGUUUUUACUUUAGAUCCUAUGUCAUCUAAACACAAUACUUGAUUGUGUGGUUAAAUGAACUUUAUCAUCAAUUUAGUAAUUAUCAACUGACAAGUAAUUUCAUUUCA